AUGGCGACCUCCGGGCGGGAUCCCCAGUGGCCAAAGUCUCCCAAUCUCCAGAGAGUCAUCUCUGGUUCACGAACAACAAUAGCACCGAAACUAUGGCAGACAGAGAGAGGGAGUCUGUCUUCCUGGGGCCGUUUUCCCAUGAGCCAGAGAGUGAAAAGUGAUUUCCAGGCAACCUCCUCCUACCUGCUCCACCAAAUCAUAAACCGCUUCCAGGAUCCAGAAACGGAGGACGAGUACGAGGAGGAGCUCGAGGGUGAGGAGCAGUUGGAAUCAGAGGAAUCCUCAGUGUCCGAAAUGCGGGAAUUGGAGGAUGAGUUUGAUGGGGUCCUGAGAGAGGAGGCCAUCGCCGAUUCACUCUACCAGCUGGGUCGCUCAGGCUCCGGAACCGAGCAGGUCUACCUCAAUCUAACACUAUCAGGUUGCGAUUUAAUUGACAUUAGCAUUCUCUCUGGAUAUGUUCACCUACAAAAGCUGGACCUCUCAGUCAAUAAAAUUGAAGAUUUGUCUUGUGUGAGCUCUAUGCCUUAUCUGCUGGAACUUAAUGCUUCUCGCAAUAAACUGACCACGUUCUUCCAGUUUACUCCACCCAAAAACCUUCAGAGGGUGGAUUUUUCCUACAAUCAAAUUUCAGCCAUGUCUGAUCUGUCGGCAUACCAGGCACUCACGAAACUAAUUUUGGACAGCAACGAAAUAGAAGAAAUCACGGGCUUGGAGCAGUGCGUUAGUCUGACUCACCUCAGCUUGGCCAGGAACAGGAUCACCACCAUCAGCGGCCUGUACACGCUGCCAAUCCGAGUGCUCUGUCUGAGCUAUAACCAGAUCGAAAAGAUCACGGGUUUGGAUGAACUAAGAGCCCUGAAUGUCUUGGACUUGUCCCAUAAUCAGAUCAGUAGUCUCCAAGGCUUAGAGAAUCACGAAUUCCUGGAAAUUAUCAACCUGGAAGAUAAUAAGAUUGCUGAGCUGGGUGAAAUCGAAUACAUUGAACACUUACCUCUGCUUCGAGUUCUCAAUUUUUUGAAAAACCCAAUUCAGGAGAAGACGGAUUAUUGGCUUUUCAUCAUUUUCAUGCUGCUACGGUUAACAGAACUAGAUCAGAAGAAGAUUAAUGUGGAAGAUAAGGUGGCAGCUGUGAAUAAAUAUGACCCACCCCCGGAACUGGUGGCAACUCAAGAUCACCUCACUCAUGUCGCUAACAGCGUGAUGCAGCCCCAGAGGAUCUUUGACAGCACACUGCCCAGCCUGGAUGCCCCUUAUCCCAUGCUGAUUCUAGCUGGCCCAGAAGCUUGUGGGAAGCGAGAACUCGCCCACCGCCUCUGCAGACAGUAUAACACUUACUUCCGAUACGGGGCCUGCCAUACCACAAGACCACCUUACUUUGGAGAAGGAGAUCGAGUUGAUUAUCAUUUUAUCUCUCAAGAGGUUUUUGACGAAAUGCGGAACAUGGGGAAAUUCAUUCUAACAUUUAAUUAUGGGAACCACAAUUAUGGAUUAAAUAGGGACACAGUUGAAGGGAUCGCAAGAGACGGCUUGGCAAGCUGUAUCCAUAUGGAAAUAGAGGGUGUAAGAAGUUUGAAAUGCUCCUAUUUUGAGCCUCGUUAUAUUCUGGUGGUACCCAUGAACAAGACAAAAUAUGAAGGAUACUUGAGGAGAAAGGGAUUAUUUAGUCGUACAGAGGUUGAAUAUGCUGUCUCCAGAGUGGAUCUUUAUAUUCAAAUUAAUCAGACGUUACCAGGAUAUUUUGAUGCCGUGAUCAAUGCAGAUGAUCUGGACGUCGCCUACCAAGACCUGAGUCAGCUCAUCAGAGAAUACCUGGGAUUGUCUGAGCACUCUGCUAUGAAUUUGGCUCCCACAGGGGCUCCCUCUAGCAAGAAGACUCCCUCUGGGGUGCCCGCACACUUGGUGCCUUCCCCAAGACGCCUGGCGAGGCUGCAAGCCGACGGGCCACCCUCGGAGCAGCGCUCUGGAAUGCAGCUGGAGGUCCCCGCACCCCACAACCCGUCCCCCUCGCCGGACGGAGAGGGAGCAGCCCCCAGCAGCCCCAGGGGCGCAGAGCCGGGGCUUCCCCAGGAGACUGGAGACUCCGCCCGCCCACAGCCGUCAGACCACCCUGCGAACGCACAGCCGUCCUCUGCGCACCCAGUGCCCAGCCAGGACGAGGAAUCCGGGGAGACCACGGGGACCUCCGCUGCCCCAGCAGCACCGGACCCCCAAGAAGGCCAGGAGGAGGAAGCCAGGCCAGCCGGCCUUCCACCCCCCAGCUCCCAGCCUGACCCCCCGUCUCAGGGAGACUCCCAACAACCUCCAGGGGACAGGACCUCCAAAGCAGCGGCUAUCCGGGCUGGCACCCCCUACCCAGAGCUGCCCCGUCCUCAAGAUGCCACAAGUACGCAGGAGCGCCAGGGCGGGGACGAGGCCGCACCCCCGCCGCCCAGGAGCCGGCUGGCACCCACCAGGCUGCCCCAGCCCCGGGUCCUCGCCCCCCUCCAGAGCCCCAGGCCCACCCCCAAGCUCCUCUCCCCCAGCCGGGACGACACUUUGGGAGCAUCCUCUGACCAGACCCUGACUCCCUCCCCGCGGCCUCUGCUGGCUCCCGAGGGGGACCCCAGUAAGCUGCCCGCCAUCAGCCCCCCGCACUCCCGACCACCCCCCAACCGGAGCCCCCACCCGGGCCCCAGUGCUCAGCAGGCCCAGGAGGAGCCCGCCAAGGAGGUGAAACUCCCUCUCAUCAGCUCCCCGGGCCAGGAGCAGGCCCCCCACCCGCCGCCCCCCGAGGAGGAGGGCCCCCGGGGGGUGAAGCUACCUCGCCUCCCCACGCCCUUCGCGGAGAAGCCGGGACCCCGCGGCGGCUCGCGGGCGCGCCCUGCCCGGGAGAAGCAGACCCCCAAGGCAGGCCGUGCCUCCGGCAAGAGGGCCCCCGACGACGUGCAGGCCUCGCCCCAAGGCCAAGAGCCCUCGAAGGUGGCAGGAGCUAGAAAAAAAAAACUCCCCACGCACCGCGAGACAGCUAACGCGUCCCUAAGGGACACCCCCAGGAGCCGGCGGGCCGCCGGGUCCCCGGCGUCCAAGAGCAAGCAGACACCCCCAAAGAGGCCCGAGCACCCACCCCCCAGCCCUCCCGGGGGCCCUCGGAGGAGCCAGAGCCAAAAAGCCCAAAGCCCCGCCGCCCGCCGACCCUCCCCAGACAGCAGGGAAGCUGCAGGUGCCCCCAGGAAAGGGGGCCAGGCUCAGAGGGCAGCUGCGCCCCGCAAGGGAGCCUCUUCCAAAGGCGAGCAUCCUGGGGGGCCGGCCCAGAGGAAGAAAACCCGGCCCCCCACCGAGGCCAGGCCCAAGGAUUCUGCCCCGGAGGAGCACCCCGGGACAAAGGAGGGGGCUCCCCACCAGGAACGGCCUCCGAAGAGAAAGCCAGCGGCGGACGCCCCCGAGCCGGAGGCGGAGCCCCCCACGCAGCCUCCUCCGGGUGGAGACAGCCCGCGAGCCCCCCAGGACCCCCUCUCCAGCCAGGCCAGCGAGGACUCUGUCCCCCGAGACGGUGCUUCCGGGCAGCCGGCCAGGGAGAAGCGGCCCCGGAAGCAGGGAGCCCCGGGGGACGGAGUCCCCAGCCCUGCCCAGGGCCCGGCGCCCCUGGAGGAGCAGGGCAAGCGGAAGGGCAGGGUGCGCGCCAGGGGCAGCCAGAGCACCAAGGUGUAG